ACAGAAAAACGAGACCCAGCAAGAGCUGGAGUGACAAACGCCGGGAUUGAGAUUGGAAGGCUGUCCAUUUACCUCUUGCUUCACUCCUCGGCAUUGUGUUACAACUGCCUGAUUAAGAAAAAAAGAAUCUGAAAGAAAGAAGAAAAUACCCCAGAAUUCCUCGCAGAACAAUUCACCUGAACCUAAAAUGGUGAGCGAGAGUCACCAUGAGGCCCUGGCAGCCCCGCCAGUCACCACUGUUGCGACUGUCCUACCACAUAAUGCCACAGAGCCAGCCAGUCCUGGGGAAGGAAAGGAAGAUGCCUUUUCGAAGCUGAAGGAGAAGUUUAUGAAUGAGUUGCAUAAAAUUCCACUGCCACCGUGGGCCUUAAUUGCCAUAGCCAUAGUCGCCGUCCUUUUAGUCCUGACCUGCUGCUUUUGUAUCUGUAAGAAAUGUUUGUUCAAAAAGAAAAACAAGAAGAAGGGAAAAGAAAAGGGAGGCAAGAAUGCCAUUAACAUGAAAGAUGUGAAAGACUUAGGGAAGACCAUGAAAGAUCAGGCUCUGAAGGAUGAUGAUGCUGAAACCGGACUGACUGAUGGGGAAGAAAAAGAAGAACCCAAAGAAGAGGAGAAAUUGGGGAAACUUCAAUAUUCACUGGAUUACGAUUUCCAGAAUAACCAGCUGCUGGUAGGGAUUAUCCAGGCUGCUGAGCUGCCUGCCUUAGACAUGGGAGGCACGUCUGACCCCUAUGUUAAAGUGUUUCUGCUGCCCGAUAAAAAGAAGAAAUUUGAGACAAAAGUCCACCGAAAGACCCUUAAUCCUGUCUUCAACGAGCAAUUUACUUUCAAGGUGCCAUACUCAGAACUGGGUGGCAAAACCUUGGUGAUGGCUGUAUAUGAUUUCGAUCGUUUCUCCAAGCAUGACAUCAUUGGGGAAUUUAAAGUCCCCAUGAACACAGUGGAUUUCGGUCACAUAACUGAGGAGUGGCGUGACCUGCAAAGUGCGGAGAAGGAAGAGCAAGAGAAACUGGGUGAUAUCUGCUUCUCCCUUCGCUAUGUACCUACUGCUGGCAAGCUGACUGUGGUCAUUCUGGAGGCAAAGAACCUGAAGAAGAUGGAUGUGGGUGGCUUAUCUGGUAAGGCUGUGAUGUUUACUGAUUUGCUUGUUUUUAAUGCUGUUUCAUCAUGGGUACCAGAUGCAUGGCAUAUAUACUGUGGAUCCUCUGUCCUUACUGAUUACCAUUUCCUUCCCAUGGAGGCUGGAAGUGGUCUCAGAAUUUAUCCCAAGACAGUGCUCCAGAAGCCACUCUCACUUUAUUGCAAUUGGCAUAAAAGAUGAAGUCUAUUUUCCAGUUUCAUGGUCAGAGUAUC